UCUGUCACUGUCAGUAGGCUGUCAAAGCAAAAAUCGAACCGAAGUCCAACGAAAAGUAAGGUCAUACUCGGAGUUUUUGAUGUUUACAAUGUGAUUUUUGCUAUAACAAAUUACCCAAGAUUUUCAAGGUUUUCUAAUAAUCUUAAUUGAUUGAUUAAAAAUCCGGUACGUAAUGCCGUCCGCGCGGCUUAUCCUACGCGAGGAGGACGUGGUACGGUUGGCGCUAGAAUUUCUUCACAAUCGUGAGCUGCACAUCACUCAGCUCAGCCUUGAAAGGGAAACCGGCGUCAUCAAUGGCAACUAUAGCGAUGACGUGUUGUUCCUUCGGCAGCUCAUCUUGGACGGCCAGUGGGACGAUGUCCUCGAGUUCAUACAACCCCUGGAAGCCCUUAAGACGUUUGAAAUGAGGAAGUUUAGCUAUGCAAUUUUAAAACAUAAAUACAUAGAACUGUUAUGUAUUAAAUCCGAAGCGAAUAUCCAGGGAUCUAGUGUAGAUAACGCAGUAGAAGAAGUAGUUAAGGUCCUCAACGAGUUAGAAAAGUACUGCCCCAGUAAAGAAGACUACUCAAAUUUAUGUUUACUGUUAACGCUUCCUAGGUUAACAGAUCAUUUGCAAUAUAAAGACUGGAAUCCUUCGAACGCGAGGGUGCAAUGUUUCAGGGAGGUCUACCCGUUGGUAGCAGAAUUUUUGCCCGGGGACAAAAAGGGCACCGACUCGAACGCCAACGCGUCUGCGAGAAACGAUAGACUGAUUCAGCUAGUUAUUAAAGGUAUUCUCUACGAGUCGUGCGUAAAUUAUUGCCAAGCCAAAGCAACUGGUAGCCCGAAGGAGUCACACUCUCAAGACAUGGCUUUUUCUAGACUUUUGGACGGUAGUGUAGGUUUUAGCGAUAGUGAUCUCUCCCUUUUGUCUUGGCUGCAAAGCGUUCCGGCCGAAACGUUCGCGGUGCCCUUCGAGCAAAAAACGCUUAACGUGGAUGUGGAGCGUCUGGAACGACCCUCUCUGGAAACGUCUUGGACGGAGCACAUGCUCGUUACGCCCAUCAAGCCAAAAACUUUUCCACAUUCGGCGAUGCCUUUUACCAGGCCUCGGUCGGCUGCUGAUAUUAUGUCAAGAUCUCUUAUGCCAGUAUUAGACGGUCUUCCUUAUGGCUUGUCCCAAAGUACAGCUGUCCAAAAUGGAAACUCUAGAGCGAUGGCCAUGAGUACCGGUGAUAUCAGCCUGAACGGACCGAUGUCCAGGAGCAGUUUCGCUAGUUUCCACUUGACCGGCAUCAAAAACAAUAAGUUAAUGAACUCUUCGGUGGAUCGGCUAUUUGAAAACGAGGGCGAGGUAUUUCUAUCUAACAGCUACGCAGAGUUUCAACAGUUACCUUGUAUACAGGAGGCCACUAGUACACCUAAGGUGUACAAUGCAUCGACAGCCUCACAAUCAUCUACCUCAAAAAGUCCCGAACGUAAAUUCUCCAACGCCUCCACGCCGGAACAUCGGGGCCGUGAAAGUCCCGCUUCCGUUGGUACGGCUCGAUCGUCCCGAAGGGAUUCGCUUAACGAAAGACCUACACCUUCGACUCACCAUCAGAACCUCACUUUAACUACCCCGGCAGUGAUCGAAGGGAACUUGGAUCAGAGUUAUACGGGGGAAUUAGUGAAAGAAUUCCAGAAGACGAAGCAGAAGCUGCAAGAGGCUAUUGCAGCCCGGGAUCGGGAGAGAGAGGAGUUGUUAAGGCAGCUACAGAGUGCUGGACAAGGGGAAGCUCCUACGAACGGGAAGUUUCUUGACGAUUGCAAAUUAAAUAAAAACCUGAACGGUAAUGCAAGAGGGACGACAUCACCAAAACCAGCGGUGAAUGGCACUGGAGACGUCUUUAGAGAGGGCGCUUUCAGUAGUACCUCAAACAUGAGCGAUACUCGGCCUUCUGCACGAGCAAGCUCCGACGGUGAUGGGAACGACUCUAAUGGUACUCCCAAGCCCAAAUUCGUGGCAGUUACCUCUUUGGAAGAUGUCCAAGCCGUUAGGUGUGCCGAGUUCCAUCCUGGUGGACAGCUGUACGCGGUCGGUUCGAACUCGAAAACUCUUCGGAUAUGUGCUUAUCCGAAACUUACAGACCUCAGGGAAGAACACCAAACCUACCAACCGAUGGUGCUUUUCAAACGUACAAAACACCAUAAAGGAUCGAUAUAUUGUCUCGCUUGGUCCCCAGUCGGCGACCUAAUGGCUACUGGUUCUAACGACAAGACUGUCAAACUAAUGAGGUUCAACUCCGAUACUUCGAAUCUGGAAGGAGAAGAAGUGGAACUUUCUAUGCAUGACGGUACGGUGAGAGACUUGUGCUUCCUGGAAGACACAACAAAUAAGUCUAGUCUUCUGAUCAGUGGUGGAGCAGGAGACUGUAAAAUUUAUGUUACCGAUUGCGCCACUGGAACUCCUUUCCAGGCUCUGAGCGGGCACACUGGCCACAUUUUGUCUUUAUAUACUUGGGGAGGUGCUAUGUUUGUCAGUGGUUCCCACGACAAAACAGUCCGGUUCUGGGAUCUGCGUACCAGAGGUUGCGUGAACAUGGUGACUCCGAUAACGCAGCCUGGUACGAGACAAGGUUCUCCAGUGGCCAGUUUAUGCGUGGACCCUAGUGGACGCCUUUUGGUGUCCGGGCACGAGGACUCGUCGUGCGUACUAUAUGACAUCCGAGGCGGUAGAAACGUGCAGUGUUUUAAACCCCAUUCGGCUGACAUUAGGAGUAUCCGGUUCUCACCGUCCGCUUAUUAUUUACUGAGCGGUGGUUAUGAUAAUAAGCUUGUGCUUACCGAUCUGCAAGGAGAUCUGACGUCACCUUUACCAAGCGUCGUGGUUGCCCAACACAACGACAAAGUCAUCUCCGGACGCUGGCAUCCAUCAGAAUUCUCGUUUUUGUCAACGUCAGCCGACAAAACAGCGACUCUCUGGGCUCUACCACCGAUUUAAACGCAUCCUCUCUAUUAUUAUUUAACUUUUAAGUCUGAACUAACCAAUACCAAUUUUUGCAGCACUGCUUAUAAAUAUUAAUCACGGCGGUUUUCCCUUACGUAAGUUUGGCCGUUUUUUUUCAAUAUAUUUCUAGAAAAAAAAUAUUCAAGUUUUAGUUAUGUGUUUGGCUUUUAGUAAACAUAUUAUCUAAACUGCGAGUGUUAAAAUAUGUUACCAUACUGUUUAGGUGCUUAUAUUAGAAAUACGGGGUGUGUUCGUAUGGAAAUGCCCCGUAUGAAGUAAAAGAUCUAUAAGUGAAAUUUAGAAUAUUUUCAUAUUUCUUGGUUAUGUUUCAUAUUCAUUUUAAAGUUUGUCAUAUUUGUAUCUCUUUGUUAUUGAAAUUUUUGACAAACAUAAAUUAAUACGACUGUUUUAACAAUUUAUUACUUUGUAACUUCUUAUCUUAGAUAAUAAAUAGAUUCUAUUUUACUUGUUGUAAAUGUUUUGCACAAAGAGUAUUUUGGCUUUUCACUUGUUAGUGUAUUUAUACUUUUUACCUUCUUUCUACAAAAUUUGAUAUUUAUUUAAUAUAUUCUACGAGUAUAACGAACAAACUGUAAUGAUACUGUAAAUAUUAUCUAAUAAAAUAAUAAUUUUAUUUUUCACGUUUGGAUUUUUGUAUAAAUAAGAAGAAAUUUGUUAAUCGUGCUGAGCUAUUUGUUUAUAUGUAGAGGAUGUUUACGACUCUUUAUUGAAUAAUAUUAUUUAAUACUUAGAUUUAGAUGUUUGUAUUAACAAUAUUUAAAUAAAUAUUUAAUGCAGAUUAA